AUGUCGCAAGAUCCUGAUUCUCAACUCUCGCAAGGCCCCCUUGCCCCUCCUGCAGAGAUCACCGGCCCCGCAACGCCCAUGCAACGUGCAAGUCUGUCUGCAUCACCAGACCUGAGUGUAGGUGCUGGAAUCCCGGUAUCACAUUCUGACCAGAGUAAAUCUGUAUCACCCUCGCUACCUUCAUCUGAUAUGACGCCGCCGCCAUCAUCACAAAUUCCCGGGGCCCCGCGCCAACGGUCAAGAUCUACUUCAAGCUCCUUGCUAGCUUCUCCUCCCGAUAUCCAAAAGACCCUCUGUGUUGCCUAUGGCGCCUCAGAAAACCUCCCCACUGCCGAUGAUAUUGAUACCGCCGAUGAGUCAAAGCUCCGGGCUAUGGCUAAAGACCUGUUGAGUGUUGCCCAAGAGGCUCGCAUGUCAGCUCUGCACUUCAAGCUACAGAAUAGUUUGCUAUCGUUCACUAGUAACGAAGCUAUCAAGCGUGCCGAGGUAGAGCAUCAACUUGCUAGAAGAGAGGUCGAGAUCAUCCAGAGCUCUGAGUAUCGCAGUCGUCAUUGCCAACCUGAGGUCAAAGCAGUGCAGCAGAUUUCCAAUGUGGAAUUAGAGCUUGCCCUCAAGCGCAAUCAAGAGCUUGGAAGAGUAAAUGCCACACUCGAUCGGCGGCUGCGUCGGGCUAAAAAGCUAAUUGAGCAAGAGAAGGAGAGGUCAGACCUUCUCGAGGAGGAAAAUAAAUUGCUGAAAGAGCGUAUCAGAGACAAUCGGAAGCAUUUCUCUCAAAUGAUUGAACAUGGACCGAUGUCGCCCAGCCCCCAGAGAGAAAUACAAGCUUCUCAUAGGCGGCCUGUACCUCACUAUGUGGAGCACGAUGGCCGCCAGGUGAACGGCAGCGAUAGCCAUGACCCGUUCGCGCAACUCCUUGCUGCCGACCGUGUUCUCAAUCGAGGAUCACCGAGUGUCAUAUCCACACCACACAGGAGCCGUACUUAUAAGCAGCAUAAUGAUGGCCAGAUGCGUGGAAACCACACACUCCCCUCCGUUCCCAUGACACCGUCCCGUGCUCGAAUGGCCCCUGGAGGGAACCAAUAUAGCACACCGGGAAAGGAGUCUCAUGACAGCCACCGUGAUCGAGACAGCACGAUAUCGGCGUCCGACAUCGAGGAAGCUGAGACGGAGGAAGACAUCCCAGCGUCAGAGGCUGGUGCUCUUGCCAGUAACAUGCUUCGUUCCCACGCUUUCAGCAACCGCCGUGAGAGCCGAGGCAUAGCGAAUGCACCCAAGUCCAGCACACUUCUGCAAACCAAAUUGUUCGGUCAAGUGAGGAAGUCAGGUGUUGAGCGCCCAUCGAUUGGUCUUAAACGCAAGGCGAGUUUUGAUGGUGCGACUUCGAAGAAAAUGAAAGCGGAGGAAAGGGCGAUCAAGCACAACAACCAGAUUCUCAACCAGCACUUCCACAAGGACUGGCAGCGUCGUGUGCGCGUGCACUUCGACCAGCCUGGCCGCAAGCACCGCCGUCGUGAGGCCCGUCUCGCUAAGGCCGCCGCUGUUGCUCCUCGUCCGGUUGACCAGCUGCGCCCCGUUGUGCGCUGCCCUACCGUCAAGUACAACCGCCGUGUCCGUGCUGGCCGUGGUUUCACCCUUGCUGAGCUGAAGGAAGCUGGUAUCCCCAAGAAGCUCGCUCGCACCGUCGGUAUCGCCGUUGACCACCGCCGUGUCAACUACUCCAAGGAAUCGCUCGUCGCCAAUGUUGCUCGCCUCCAGGACUACAAGGCCCGCCUGAUCCUCUUCCCCCGCAAGAGCGGUCAGUUCAAGAAGCUUGACUCUUCCGCUGAGGAGGUCAACGCUGCCAAGGCUGCUUUCGCCGAGGGCAAGACCGAGGGCUUCGCCACCCGUGUCGGUGGUGCCCUCCCCAUCAAGAACGCCACUCUCGAGGAGGCUGUCACCGAGGUCAAGCGUGACGACCUUCCCAAGGGCGAGGAGGCUGCUUACCGCCGGCUGCGUGAGGCCCGCAGCGAGGCCCGCUACAAGGGUAUCCGGGAGAAGCGUGCUAAGGCCAAGGCUGAGGAGGAGUCUGCCGCUAAGAAAUAG